AAGGUACGUUUGGAUUGAGUAGUCAAUGCUAACAUUUUGACUUGUGCGGUAAGCUUUUAAUAAUAUUUCUUGUAGCUUUGUUGUGCAAAUAUUAUUAGAUAAAAUAGCUGUGAAAGUAAUUUUAUAUCGCACUGGUAUUUUGAGACUUGACUAAAAGUUACGAGAAAAUAUAUCUGGCAUCAAUUGAACAUGGCAUUUAAGUUCUUGUUAUGUUUAUAUUAUUUGGCCUUGAACUUAAUCAGUUUACGUUUUCAUUUUUGUUGAGAUCUGUGUUAAGUGAACUGUUAAUGUUAAGGCUUAGUUCAUGUUUGUGCAAUUUCUCAGAAACUUCGUGAUGGCAAAAUAAUGUAAUUUUUCGAUGUUGACGGUUUCAUAUCAUUUCAGUGGUUGUUUAGCCGUGUGAAGUGAAUAUCAUAGGUCAACAUAACUCGUGUAAAUGGUUUUUUGUUUAUACGUAUUGGUGAAUCUACUAUACGCACGAAGAUUUCUUUCGUCGCACCCGUGAUGAAGACAAACACCUGAGAUGUGGGCGUUAGGAAUAAUGCAGUGUUGCCAGUGGAUAAUAACAUUUCAAACAUUUAAACAUUUUAAGGCAUUUUUGAUAGUGCUCUCCCUUCUUCUAUUUAUUGGCGAAAGUGCUGUUGAAACGUGCAGUACUGGUUUAACUACGCCUGGCACUAUAGUUCCUGAAAAUGACAUUAAAAUUAAGCAUGGUGACCCCUUAGAAAUGUUCUGUAUUCUGUACGAAAACAAUACGUAUGGUCGAAAUGCAAGCGAUCUUUUUUUCGAAAGAGAUUCAAAAGUGGUUUCGCCUGAAUAUACAAGCAUCAUCAACCGAACCACUCUUCGUUUGUACAUACCUAAACCACCACCUUCUGCCAGUUCGUACCUGUGCAAACUACGCAUGUCAUCAAAAGGAAACAAAAAAGAACCAGAUGUAGCUGUCUGUCUUAAUACAGUGUAUGUUGGACUUCCGCCUCAAGAUGUCAUUAAUUUUACUUGCAUUUCAAACAAUUGGGAGAAUUUAACAUGUUCUUGGACUGUUCCUAAGAAUUAUGUGCCAACCACUUAUCAAGUAUACUGCUACCUUGGUGUUGGAAAACUACGUAGUAGAUGCCCAAAUAAUACUGAUGAAAAAUUUCAGUAUUGUUUUUGGAAUAAGGAAACUAGCCCUCAUUACCGUAGUGUUAAGAAGGAAUAUAUGUUUAGUAUAGAUGCUUCAAAUGAUUUUGGAAACACUACUUUUGAGCAUUCUAUAAAUCAUUGGGCACAUGUUGUUCCAGCUAAACCGAAAGAUUUGAGUGUUAUACAGACUACCAGUUACAGUGCUUUACUCUCUUGGGCAGUAACUCAUCCAAUGGAUAACUUUUUACCGGGCUUAUCAGUAAAAAUAGAAUAUCGUUCACAGUACGAUCCAAAAACUGUUUGGCAGCUUGCAGAUACAACUAACUUUAAAGUAUCUAAGCAUGCACAUUAUAAUUUAACUGGUUUGAAGUAUGCAAACACAGUUUAUGAGGCCCGUGUUUACAUGAAGUCAGCAAUUGCUGUGGAUGAUGCUUAUUGGUCAAAGCCUGCGACUGUGGGAAUCAAAACAAAAGCAACAAUUCCUGGUGCUUCUCCAGAAACAGAUAUUGGAAGCUUUGAGAUCAGUAGCAGAGUGUUAGGUCGUGAGGUUUUUGUUUACUGGCAACACAUAAAUAAUUUUUUGAAGAAUGGCAAUGAUUUCAAGUACGUAAUAACAGAUGUUAGAGAAAAUGGUAUUCAAAAACAGUUGUUUCCUGUUGAAAUGCAAAAUGCAUAUGCAAAAUUUAAAGGGCUAAGCAAAAGUAGUAGCUACAGUUUUACAAUUGUAUCUGCAAAUGCAGUUGGACAUUCACUUGAAUCUUCAAAAGUUUUCAUUCCAAGUGAAGAUGAAAUCCCACCACAACCCAUAUCAUUUGCAAACACCGCUUUUCAAAAUGGAACUUUUGAGUUGUCCUGGAAACCACCUGCUAACAUCUCAGGGAUAAAAGAUUAUACUAUUUUCUGGUGUGAGGAUGAACGUGAUCGUCCAUAUCAGUGCAAAGGUUUUCUAGACUGGAUACAUGUACCCAAAAAUGAAAAUGUCAAGUUAUUGCACGUGCCUAAUAAUAACAACACCUAUCAGUUUGCCAUUUCUGUCAAUAGUGAAAAAGCUAGCAGUGGAAUGGUAUGGGCUUCGUGUACGGUGAUACAUAACCAGAGCAUUAGAAAAAUGAAAGAAGUGAAGAUAAAAAGUGUUAAUGCAACUUUCUUAGAACUAGAAUGGAUCUUGGACUGUUCCGAACAUGUCGGGACGGUGAAAGGAUACCGUAUUUACUAUUGCCCCACGCCAGAGAUGAAGACCAUCGAGUGCAAAGGAGAGGAAAUGAACGAGACGGUAGACGACGGUCCGUGGGCGCAAGGUAAUUACGUGGUGCGAAACUUGAAGCCGUAUACCACGUACAGGGUUUCAGUUGCAGUGAUCAGCAGCAAACUGGUGGAAGGUCCUCGCAGCGAUUACAAAUUCGUCACCACCACGGAAAGUGCCCCACAGCCGGUGGAGAAUUUGUCGGUUUCCAAGAUCACGAACGUUUCCGUGCUGGUGUCGUGGGCGCCGCCGGCAAUCCAAAACGGCAUCAUCAAGCGCUACGAGAUAUCGUACAACGGUCAUUCGAAGACGGUCUAUCCUCCCGCCAACGAGACCACGCUGGAUGGACUGACGCCGUUCACGAACUACUCGGUGAGCGUGACGGCGUGCACGGUGAACUGCUCGUUCGUGGUGAGCGUGCCGGUGCAGACCAGGAUAGGGAGCCCGGGCCGGAUGGAGGCGCCCAAGGUGAGCAUCACCAACACGUCGCAGGCGCGGGUGAGCUGGGAGCCUCCGCUGCUACCCGGGGGGCAGCUCGACAAGUACACGCUGCGGUUGGCGAGCGAGAACGACGCUUCGCCCCCGAGCUACAUGGACACCACCGACACGGAGGUGGAAGUGCAGAUCAGCUGCGCCAACAAGGGCUGGGGACGGAAGUACCUGUUCGCGGUGCGGGCCUCCAACAGGGACGGGGCGGCCUGGUACGCGGGGCCCUGGAGCGCGGACGGCGAGGGCAGCUGCGUCACCACCGAGAUGUCGGAGGCGCUGAUCGUCUUCAUCAGCCUGUGCGGCGUCAUGGCGACGGGGGCGGCCUGCGUCGGGGCCUUCUUCGCCGCCCGCCGGGUGUGGGGCCACUACAACGAGAUGCGGCACGUCAAGGUCACCCUCCCUCCCGGCCUGGCCUCCGUCAACGUCUAUUGCCCCACGAGCUACUCCUACUGAGCGACGUGGCUUGCCAGCGUGUCUUCUCCGGUGUUUUGGUUUUUGCUGUUUGUGCCUGACUUGUUGUGAUAUCGUGUGCGUUGCAGAUGCAGACCGUUGAUAUUUUCCGUAGCUGUGUGUGUGUGGACUAGUUUGCAGUGUUUUGUUUAUGGUGUUGCAAUGCAGAAAAUAAUUUUAACAACUUACACAACUAGAUACACAUCUUGUUUAUGAGGGAUGUAGAGUUGCUGGAGGUUUUGUGUUUUAACUCCUUAUUACUUCACCACCCCUUGGAAAAUGAUUCAGUGCAGUUGUUUUUCAUUGCCCGAGUAUUUAGGAGCCCUUUUAUUUUAAGAUUCUUGGACAUGAGAUUACGUGUAUUUUAUAUUUUAGAAGGACCUACAUAAACAGUUUCUUCGUGAUUAGGCCUAUACUUGUACCUUUUUUAUUAGCUGCUAUGGCAGUGGGCUAGGUUUGUUGCGAGGUGACAUGGGCAGAACAUCAGAUCUACUUGGAGCAACACGGUUGUAUGUUGUUUGCCUUCACUUAGCCACCGUGCGAUACAUUGCGAGAGGUGAUAUUGUUCCGUACCUGCAAAGUUUACAAUAAUGUGUGAACAGAAACUUUUCAAACUGGCGUCCAUAACACAAAGGUUGACCGAGGAUCAAGCCUAAGGGUCUUGACUGAGCAGAGUUCACUAUCGGGAGCUGUAGAAUGCUCAUGGUCACAGGAUGUUACUAAGUCCCAAACAAAAUUUUCUUGUGCACUUGGUGGAUUGUGGUUAUUGAUUGGUGGGUACCUACUUUUUAAUACAGAUUUCAUUUAUGACUUGCUAGGGUGUGUCAUUUGUUGCAUACUUUUAUUGAUAGUAUUAUCCAGCCAAUCUGAACUAUUGAACUCAGCCAUGUCCGUCUACAAUCACCAAAUUUAACUCAAGCCUGCCUUGUGCUAGUUCCAUUCGACAACACGAUUGAACUGAGUUCCAAAAUUUUAACCUCUUAUUGACUGCAAGAUAGCACUCGGCCUAGUGAGGAUUUUUAUGUUCAGAGUAGCUGGAGGAUGCUAUAUAUAUUCUGCAGCGUGGUCAUUUUAUUCAAUGUUUUAUUUUAUGCAGUUUUGAAACCUUACUAGUAAAGACAGUGUUGCCAAAACAAGAAGUGUGUCCACAGUUUCUUGAUCAGACAAACAAAGCCAUUGUCCAAAAGGGUCAUCCACUUUCACAACUCUUAUGGUCACGUAAAUGUCCCAAAAUUAACAGUAUCAAUGCUGGAAGUUAUGAAAAACAGUUCCAGUGUUUACUGCUAAUUAGCAACUUUUUUUUUUGAUGCCUCGUUUCCAGUUUAUAUUUGCUCAUUAAAUAAGAAAAGUUUAAGAGACUAAAGUAUUGUGGAUAUCUUUAUAAAGGUUUCAGCUUACUAACUUAAAAAAAAAAAAUGGUUUGUUCCAGCUAAUAUUAGAUGUAUUAGUGUGUUGUAUUUAAUUUUGCUUAUCAUAUUUAACAAAUUACUUUGGGAUAUCAAACAGCUACAAGAAAAGUAUAUUAAAAAGUCCUGAAAUUGCUUCACCAUGGUAAUUGUUCUCAUUGGGUAUCCAGUUGUAUUUCAACAUAAAAUAUCGAAAUAAAAAAAAGGAAUUGGAUUUGUUUGCGAUAACUGUUGUUUUAAACAGUGUAAGAGCAAGCUGUAAUUAAUUAAUAUUUUCAAAUAAAAAUAUAUGUGAUCUUACCCAAUAUUGGGGUAGUUGCUUGCAUGGUUUCAAAUAUCUUAAUUUUGUUUGCAUUAAAAACAUUUUUGUAAUAAAAUGAUCUUCCUUGUUCUGGUAUCACAUGCAAGUAGCACUGAUGAGUUUUUGUUUUGUUUCCAAGACUAUUGAUCAACUGGAACUGGCUACUGGCAUGGUUGUCAAAGAAUUUUGCAUGACUGUCCGGAUUUGAACCUCUGCCAUAAGAACACAGGAACCAGAAUACUUUUUUUUUUUUUUUUUUGCUUAAGGUGGCAUUCUGAGCGCCGGUUGUAGAAGCUCCAUUUACAAACUGAUCAAAAUUUAUGCUAAGUAUCUGUUUACAAACAGCAUUAAAGAGCCAUUGCACUUUCAAUGGGAGUUUCAUACUUAACACCUCAAGCGGUUGUUUUCACAUACAUUUUUAGGUGUGAAAAAUUUGGUACGCAGUAUUGUAACUAGCUUUACUAACCUUUAGCUUCAAUAUUCUACCAUGACAUUAUGGAAUGACACCAUAAUAGUCGCAUACAAUUGCGUUUGUCAGACGCAAAGAUUACACCAUUUUGGCGGCUUUUUGAUACUGUUACGAUUUACCUGCGGGGGUUCGUAAAGGAUAGCCCAAUUAAAGAUUUUUAUUACACACACAGUUUUAUUUAUUACUACUACUUGCCACUUACAAAUAAUCUUCUAAAUUGGCAGAUAAUUAAUUACAUGUAAAGAAAUGUCAAUUCCCCAGUCACUCGUUUCACACACCUCGCUGGGCCGCACUUCCGGCGCAACUCUCGCCGCAGCACCCCUCGUGGGUCUCCGCCGCGGGACUCCGUCGCCGCACUUCGCCGCCGCCGCCGUCACACCCUUCGCCGAGAUCCCACACGACGACUCGCUCGCCACUUCACUCGGGACUCCGCCGCGCCCGCGACUCUAUCGCCCGGAAACUCCCGACUCCACUGAACUCACUCACUCCCUGCCCUGGAACCUUCGUCCAAGGACUUCGCCACUCUGCCGCACCUGCGGCACUAUCGCCCGGAAACUCCGCCGCGGGAGAACUCCCCACUCAGACUCUCUCUCUGACUCAGACUGACUCGAAGGUCGGCCCAACCUCCUUAAAUAGCCCUUGGGUUCCCAUCCAGAACAAUCGGGCAUGUCUCCGAGAUAUCGCGCGACCUUCGCCAUCGAAAUGUCCAGAAACGUGUCGUGAGUCCUCGAAGGACGCGGUGGCUGCUCAAAGAACGCCGAUAAACGUGUCUGAGUCCUUUUAUUCCGCAGUGCGGCCUCUUUUCAGUAACCCGAUCUGAGGCAGGUGCGCGCUGCGACGGUCAGGAUGUAGCGAGAUAGUAUGACACGAGAUACCAGGGAGAGGAUGCAGGUGGAAGGGGGAGCAGACAGGCCGAACGAGCACAGCAACGCCAAGCACUGCAGCCAAGCGCGAUCGUAACAAUACUUUUGGAUAGCCAUGGGGUGAAAUGAAUUAUUGGUGGCGUAAAGAAUGGAGUUAAUGUUUAGGUUUUUAACAUUUUUUUUGUUAGUGAUGAAAAUCGGAAACAACAGAACAUAGCAUUGUUCUUCAUUUUGGUAUAACGUUUGGUUAUAUAAAGAGGUUAUAUAGAUUAGCUGAAGACUCGUACAGAUAACUAUGCUGGCUGAAUAAAAAUAUUAAGUCUUAUCAGAGAGAACUAGUUAAGGACCUUUUUUUAUGCUGUUUCAUUUAAAUUCUCUCCUGCACAGUUUAUAUAACUUUUCCUUCUUUAACUUAAGUCGUAAAUUUUGAUACAAAACAGUAUGUGCCAUAACAUAAAUGUACACAAAUACUGAAGUGAUGUCAUACAGGUUUUAAUGGUUUCUGUUAUGUUUGGCAACACUGGACUUGAGAUGCAUUAUUAAACUGUUAAUUUUUUUUCAGGUCUUGUUUUCCCAUUUGAAGUUAACAAUUUGCUCAUUUUUAGGGAGUGUUUUUUUCCUGGAGUGACCUUGUAGCAUGUUGCGAGUGUCAGGUGAUGUUUAAUGUGGGUGUACACGAUUAUCUUUUUUAAAAAAAAAUUAUUUGCUAUUUUACUGUGGUGUAUUUUGGAAUCAUGGCACCAUGAAAUGGAACAAAAAUGUUCAGUGGCAAUGAAUCUGUGUCUGCCUAUAGUAACAAAUAUAUUCACCAAAUAAUAUAUGUUUUUAUUAGUAAUUACUAAGACAAAGAUGUUUCUUGAGGUGUAUCCUAUAGAAUUAUUCUGUAAAUAUGUAUGUUGUUAAUAUUUUUUUUUGUUGCUGUUGUUUAGUGUUUAUAGUUGUCCAUACAAACUGUAAUAUUUGCACAAUAUUUUACUGGCUGCUAACAAAGGAAACUAUUCUAUAUGGCUUUGAAUUUUAAUUGUAAUUUGGAAUGUGAGUGUAUAUUGCAAACAUUAUUAAUUUUUAACUUUUUUUACCUAAGUAAAAAAAUUAUUUUUUAUGUAAAUAAUGUUUAGGUGUUUUAUAAAUUAUGGUUUGGUGAUAUAUCUUAAGGGGUGUUGAAAGAAACUGUACUUUUUAAAACUGUUUUAAAUUGAGUUGUUCAAUAGUAAAUUUUGCUUGUAAUUUCAGUUUUUUUGGGAGGUCAAACCAUUUUUUUUUUUCACUGGUAGCUUGUGGCAAGAGUGCACUUUUCAAUAUUGUGUUAAGUGCUGUUAGAUUUAAUGGGAAAAUAAUUACUGCGUGUCAAUUAAAAUAAUUUUGAAAAUUAUACUCUUAUUUCAUUUGUGUCAGGAUUAAGCAAAUCUUAGCUCUUUGCCUUAUUAUUAAUGACACUGUUUCUUGUCUUUGUUUUUAGACCCCAAAAUCCUUGAAUUAUCUUGAACAAUUUAUCUUAAUUUGGGAAUGUGUGACAGGGUAUGACUAUUUUUAUGUUUGUUAUUGGUUUGGUACUAAUAGGUUUACAUCUAUUACAGUUGGGUGGAAAUUACAGAUUAUUUAAUGCGGACGACUGCAAAUUACGUAAUAGUUACACUAAGCUACGAAUAUUGAUUUGAAAAUAAGCCCAAUGCUGGAUCGUACAGUUUAAGUCGUAAAAUGAAAAUAAUAAGUACGUUCCAUCAACCUUUCAGUAAUAUUAAUGGUCAGUAUGCACAUAUGCUGGGCAAGGUAACAUAAUAACAAUCAUGAAUGUAGCAUAGCAAUUACUUUCAGACUAGUGCAUUAGAGGUGAUGAAAUAUCUGUGACCUAUAUUACGAGUUCAUUAUCUUCAUACUCUUAAGAAGCUCAUAUAAUCUGCAAUUCUGAAUUUUACUUCGAAAUCUUUUAAUAAUGUGUUUUACUGUGAUUACUCAUGAGUGUGGUUUCAAUCCCUUACCCACUUCUCACACUGCUUACAUGUUUUGUAAACCAAAUGGAAGUCAAGUAAAAGCUACAGAUUUUUCUGAUGUUGUGUAAAAAUUUAUGUAUCAUCUGAAGUGUUUUUAUCUUAGGUGACUUUUGAUCUUUAUUAUUUUUGACGGCGGAAGGACUACUCCGUAAGCGUGGUCCUUUGUCCUCUAGGUUCUCCUGGCAGUUGGUGUAACUAGUAGACUCUUCAGCGUACAAGCUCAAAGCUGGUGUGUGUUUCAGCUUUGUACUGGUUUUCACGCGUUUUGAAAAUGGUGGCCACUGCAGUUUAGUCCGUGGAUUGGCACAGUAAUUUAACUACACAUUUUUGUUCGUAGUAACUUGGUUUCAUGCUGCAUGUCUGUGAACUUGAAUCAGUAGGUGCACAUUAACCGUAAAAAUUUGUCACACGAGUCGGCAGAUUUGAGUUCCAUAGUUUUUGCCACGUGUGGCCACAGAAUCACUUAACUGUAGUCGAAGGGGAAAUUCAAAUUACUGCAGGAGUAAAGUGUCCAUUUUAAGAGUUUAUAUUGUGCUGUGCCUUCAGGCAGGGUCUCUCUAGCAGGAAAGACUGAUUUGUAUGUAAUUUUUAUCUGGUAUGUACUUUGAACUUAAAAGGAGUUGUCAGAUUAUUAUUUUUUAAGUUGUGAAAUAUGUGUGUGAAAAAGCAACAUGAUUUUUGAAUGUUUUUAUCCUCUAUAGAUUUAUUUUAUUGACUUUAUUUAGUCAUACCAUUUGAUACAAAUAAAGUUAAAUUUAGUUGUACUGAAUAUAUUAAUGUAAUUGCAUAUUUACAAAUUUAUGUAUAGUAAAGAAUUUGUUUAUAAGUUGUUGUAUUAAAAUAUUUUUUUUUGAAA